AUGCAGGACCACCAGGCAAUGCAGGACCACCAGGCAACGCAGGACCACCAGGCAAUGGAGGGACACCAGGCAAUGGAGGACCACCAGGCAAUGGAGGACCACCAGGGAAUGCAGGGCCCCCGGGGCCUCAAGGGCUUCAGGGACAUCCGGGGGCUCAAGGCCCGGCAGGUCCUCAGGGGCAGCAGGGGGACUCCGGGGCAACAAGGGCAUCCCGGUGCUCAAGGCCCGGCAGGUCCUCAGGGAGAGCCGGGACCUCCUGGCCCUGCCGGUACUUCAUGCAGCCAAAGCCAAUGUCAGGCUCCAAUCCAAGGAAAUAAUCAAACAGACAGCAAAAGUCCUUCUCCUGCGGGCGGAGGCAUUGCCCGAGGAGAUGCUGCCCAAAUUAAUGCGGAUUUACCGUCUUUUAUCAGUCAAGGGGGCAUUGCCAAUGGCUAUUCUGCACAAACAGAGAGUACAUUGCCCACUGUCGGACAGGCAGGUAUAGCAAAUGGAAAUACCGCAAACACAAAUGCAGAGCUACCUUUGGCUGAAGGAGGAAUUGGCAAAGGCGAUGCCGGAAAUACUAAUGCUAAUUUACCCGGUGUUACUGGUGGAAUGGGAGGGGUUGGCAACGGGAAUACAGCACCUACCAACGAUGCACUGCCUCCCGCGCAAUGA